AUGAGAGGGUACAUAUCGCACGAGUCACAUCCGCCACCUGCGCCGGAUCCAGACAAUGAGGGUUUCAUUACCGAAUUGGACGCGAAGUCCUACUGCUAUACUGGUGCGACAGGUUCGAGGCGCACGUGCGACUGA